CCCCCCAGGCCGCGCACACUCACCUAGGACCCGGCCGGGAUGCCGAGUUCUGUUGAAGAUGCACUGGACACCGGAACACGCCCAGUCCCUCAACCAGUGGCCAGAGCAGCACCUGGACGUCUCCUCCACUACCCCGUCGCCGGCCCACAAGUUGGAGCUGCCCCCUGGGGGUCGCCAGCGCUGCCACUAUGCUUGGGCACACGACGACAUCUCUGCCCUCACAGCCUCCAACCUCCUCAAGCGCUACGCAGAGAAGUACUCAGGGGUCCUGGACUCUCCCUACGAGCGCCCCGCGCUGGGCGGCUAUGGCGACGCCGCCUUCCUCAACGGCGCCAAGGGGGACCCCGAGCCCUGGCCAGGGCCAGAGCCACCCUACCCCUUGGCCUCACUCCACGAGGGCCUCCCGGGAACCAAGUCGGGCAGUGGGGGCGGCUCCGGGGGCCUCGGGGGCUCCCCGGUUUUAGGCGGGAACCUGCCUGAACCCCUCUACGCCGGCAAUGCGUGUGGAGGCCCGUCGGCGGCGCCCGAGUACGGGGCGGGCUACGGCGGGGGGUACCUGGCCCCCGGCUACUGCGCGCAGACCGGCACCGCGCUGCCCCCGCCGCCCCCCGCCGCCCUCCUGCAGCCCCCGCCUCCGCCGGGCUACGGCCCCUCGGGGCCGCUGUACAACUACCCCGCGGGGGGCUACGCCGCGCAGCCCGGCUACGGGGCUCUCCCACCGCCCCCGGCCCCGCCCCCGGCCCCCUACCUGACCUCGGGGCUGGCGGCGCCCACGCCCCUGCCGGCGCCCGCUCCGCCCCGGCCGGCGCCCACCUCCUACAGCUUCCAGGCGGCCGAGGCCGGGGUGUCGCUGAAGCGCAAGGCCGCCGACGAAGGCGCGGAGGGCCGCUACCGCAAGUACGUCUACGAGCCCGCCAAGGCCCCGGCGGCCGACGGCGCCUCCUACCCCGCAACGGACAACGGCGAGUGUCGGGGCAACGGGUUCCGGCCGAAGCCGCCGGGAGCCGCGGAGGAGGCGUCGGGCAAGUACGGUGGCGGCGUGCCCCUCAAGGUCUUGGGCUCCCCCGUCUACGGUCCGCAACUCGAGCCCUUUGAAAAGUUCCCGGAGCGCGCCCCGGCGCCGGCUCCCCGCGGGGGCUUCGCGGUGCCGUCGGGAGAGCCCCCCAAAGGCGUGGACCCGGGGGCCCUGGAGCUGGUGACGAGCAAGAUGCUAGACUGCGGGCCCCCGGUGCAGUGGGCAGACGUGGCAGGUCAGGGCGCGCUCAAGGCGGCGCUGGAGGAGGAGCUGGUGUGGCCCCUGCUCAGGCCGCCCGCCUACCCCGGCAGCCCGCGCCCGCCGCGGACCGUGCUGCUCUUCGGACCGCGGGGCGCUGGCAAAGCGCUGCUCGGCCGCUGCCUGGCCACGCAGCUGGGCGCCACGCUGCUGCGCCUGCGCGGAGCGACGCUGGCCGCGCCGGGCGCCGCCGAGGGCGCGCACCUCCUCCAGGCCGCCUUCGCGGCUGCGCGCUGCCGCCCGCCCUCCGUGCUCCUCAUCAGCGAGCUGGACGCGCUGCUCCCGGCUCGGGACGACGGCGUCGCUGCGGCGGGCGCGCUGCAGGCGCCGCUUAUGGCUUGCCUGGAUGGCGGCUGCGGCGCGGGGGCCGACGGCGUGCUGGUCGUGGGCACCACCUCGCGGCCCGCGGCUCUGGACGAGGCUACCCGCCGGCGCUUCGCUCUCCGCUUCUACGUGGCGUUGCCCGACGGCCCUGCCCGCGGGCAGAUCCUGCAGCGGGCGCUGGCCCAGCAGGGCUGCGCGCUGAACGAGCGGGAGCUCGCGGCCCUGGUGCAGGGCACCCAGGGUUUCUCCGGGGGCGAGCUGGGGCAGCUGUGCCAGCAGGCAGCGGCCGGGGCGGGCCUCCCGGGGCUGCAGCGGCCCCUCUCCUACAAGGACUUGGAGGCAGCGCUCGCCAAGGUGGGCCCUAGGGCCUCCCCCAAGGACCUGGACUCGUACGUGGAAUGGGACAAAAUGUACGGCUCCGGACACUGA